AUUAAAUUAAAUUUAAGCACUUCCAUUGCUAAUUUAACAAUAGCCGCCAAAUUUCGAGGUCCAAUGUCAUCAUGUAGUAAAAAUUAAUAUAUAUCGAUCAAGGGACUUUUUUGAUCGAUAUAGACAAUAAUCGUUAUUAAUUACCCAUAAAGCCACCUAUCGGUUAAACUAACGGUUAAUUACCCAAAAGCGCGACUAUUGCCCGUUUUCGCAAUGUCUGGUUAACCGCUUAACCAGAACUUUACCGGCAACAUGUUGAAAAAUGGUUUUCUCAAUAUCUGGCUACCAACCCUUUGUCAGUUAAGUUCUGGUAAACUAUACCGAAAGAAGGAGUCCUGGUUAGUUUCUAACUAGAACAUGAAAUGGCAGCUGUCAGCUGUAAAAUCUAUAAGCAUAGACGGAGUUCAGGCGGGGAUUCUUUUGUCUCUCAUUAUCAUUAUUUAUUAAGCAUACGUGCAUUCAUAUACGCAUAUGGUAUUAUAUACAAAAAAAGUGUUAUAACAUAAAGAUAUCCGAGCACAAUGUAAAUAUUUCUCUGAAACCGAGCGCUGUUUCAAUCAGAAAAGGAAUUUUAAAAUUAAAAGGAAUUCCGAAUUGCGUAGCGCGUAGCAAUUUUUAGCAAGCUUUUGUAGUUUGUCUUCGGAAAAUUGUCUUUUGGUGCUGCCUAUUUCAUUCACACGAUUUACAUAAUUCCAGCAACUCAAGCCGGACUAUUUUCUGCAUUACUUUUCAUAUCACAUUCCAAAAGUCUUGUAUGCUGCAUCUUUAGGGUUCAUGAAAAUAUUUUUAAUUAGUUAAUUUUAAUCCUUAUUCAUCUUUUUUUCAAAAUAUAUCUAUUACAUACGAAAUAUAGAUGAUAAAAUUCAAACUUCCGAUCUUAUGUAUAUAUUUAUUUGAAACCGAGCUCAAUUUCAACAAGCAACUUGGUGUCCAUCGUCUUUUUUCGUCGACGCUUCCUCAAUAAUAAGCAGUUUGGACGACAAAAGUCUUUGUCCGUUCUCCCGACAGUCGGAUCUAUGUGAUUAAAACGGACCAGGAUUUUUAUCCGGCCAAGGGCUGUCAAUUCGGCAGAAUUCUGCCUUUACAACAACAAAAGUCUUCGUGUGUGAACCCAGUCUAAGCAAUGAUUUAUCCAAUUGCGAAUUUCUUUAAGAAGAAGAAUACACAACUCUGAAUACACAACUAUAAAGUUUCAAUUUUUUCAAUACAUUAAUAUAAAUAUUUACUUUCGGAUAUAAUUCUAUAAACAUGACGAGUCGGGACGUAGACCAACAGAGAUGCCGUACUUGUUUAGAUACCACGGAUGAAAACUUUCAUUCCUUGGACGGUAAACUCGUGAAGGAUAAUCAACGGAAGACACUGGCAGGCUUUCUACGGGAUACAUGCAAAUUGGAGAAUAAUUCGGAAGCUGCAAAAAGUUUACCACAACAAAUUUGCGGCAAUUGCUUGCGUAAAUUAAAAAUUACGUUUUCAUUUGUAAUGCAAGUGGAGGAGGUGAAUAGAAAAAUGAUGGAUAACCUUCGUACUAAAAAUAUAAUAGGCCAAAAAUCCAUAACCAUUCCAGAAGAAUAUUUCGAGGAGUCAAAUAAAAUGGAUGUCGAUAAUCAUAGCGUCUGUCAGCCUCAGGAGUGUUUCAUUGAUUGUAACAAUUCAUUAGCACAAUUUCAGGAAGAUCCGAUUGCAAUUUCGAAAGAUAAUAAUAGGAAAAUAAUGAUGGAUAACUCAAUCCCAGCAAAAAUAGGAGAUGACGUCGAAAAUAGGAAACACUCAAUAUUUUGUAAAAAUGACUGCCACAAAGAAAUGAAGUCCAUGCUCCAAGAUUUGAUGAAUAUGCAGAAACAAAUGAAUGCCAGCUUCAACGAUGUUAGGAUAUAUACCGAAAGAAAAAUCUCAAAUCAGCUGGGUAAAUCAGCGCAAACAAUAACUGAUAUUAAGCGCAUCGCCACAGUGAGAAGUUGGUUUCCAAUAACAACUAUCGAACAAGCGCUGGAAGUAGAGGAUAAAAUUAAAAAUCAUGGUUAUGGUAGAGAUUUUACUACUUAUUUAAAAAGGAAUCAAGACAGCACAGUUGAUGAUGUUUUACGUAGUAUAUUCAAAGAUGAACUAAUAUAUCAAUAUAAUCUAGAUGGACGUUCUGGAAAGAUGUCUAUCCUUAGUCUUGAUUCAAUAUUAAAAUAUGUUCAAAGCGCAUUUUCAGAUUUAUCAGAAAAAAAGUUUUUUAAAUUACUUCGUAGAUACAUUUUACUUUGUCAUAAUAGACUUAGUCAAAAGAAGUAUUUGUUAAGGAAAAAACAAACUUUUGCGAAUGCGGUGAAACACCAUGAAAUUGGUUUGGAAAAUGUCAUAUAUGUAUGCGAUGAAAGUCCGGAUAUGAAAAAUACAGUGGAAAUGGAAUUUGAUAAUGAAACCGAACAAUUUUCUAGUGGAAAUUUUGAGAACUCAAACUCGCCACGAAAUGUAUACAAUGGAAGCCUGGAUUUUAAGCAAUGUACUAACCCCAAAAGAACGAGUAUUUCUAGUGAAGAAAUGAAGACACAUAGAGAAACAUAUAUUGACAGUAAUGCCAGUGAGGAGAGCUACAUCGUCAAGCUGCCAAAGAAAUCAGGAUCUCACCAGCAGCAACGAAUUGGAAAUGCUGAAAAAGGAAAAAUUUCUGAAAUUUGCAAAUUGUUUCCCAUACAAACGCAAUCCCAAUUAAUAGAAAUUGAAGAAAAUAUUAUGGAUACAAAUUACGCCGAUGAAAUAUGUGAAUAUUUCCAGAGAUUAAAAGGCAACGAUGGCAAUGUAGACAACGUUCUACGUAAAGUUUUUACGGACGAUUUAAUUGCUGACUAUAAUUUUGCUGGGCUGCAGGGAAAGCAUUGUCUUCGUGACUUGCAUCUUAUUUCUGAUUGCCUAUUUAACGCAUUUUGUGAAAUUACCAGUAUGCAGUUUUUGAAAGAAGUGCGAAAAUAUGUGUUUAAGAGUCACAACAGGACAAAAAACAAUCGUAGAAACGCAAAAAGGAGCUUAUUGCCUAUGUCAUAGCAGCUACUAGUUUUGGGAAAAUUUAAUUAAAAAGCAUUACAUCCACGAGUAUAUUCGUAUGGCUAUUAUUUUAUGUCCAGAAGAUAAACUUAUAUAAACUUAUAUAAAUAUAAACAUAUAUUUAUUUUUAA